UUCAGAGGGGGAGCUGCGAGUGAGAGAGGGAGGAGUGUUAGGAGUGGGUGUGUCUAUUGGUAGCGCUGAGAGUGGGCGUGGCAGUUUUUGGCGCUAGGAGCGCGCAUGCUCCGCACCAUUAGCUGAGAGUGGAGAGUUGAGGCUGCGAGGCGGCCGGGAGGAGUAUCGGGAGUUCUCGCUGAUGGAGGGCCCUGUGGACAAAGAGGCUCCGGCCUUCACGCAACCGCCGCCUCCUCCGCCUCUCCCUCAGCCGCCCCCGCUCUCCUCUUCUAGUGCCGAAAAUGAGGCGGAGAGCCGGCAGGGCCCGGAGGAGAGCAGCGGAGAGAGGGCCGCGCUCAAUUCGCUGGAGACGUGCGGUUUCUGCAGACAGCAUAUCCAGAGCCGCAGCCCCCGACUGCUCCCGUGUCUCCACUCCCUGUGUCAGCGCUGCCUCCCCCCGCCCGAGCGGUACUUGAGUAUGUCUGCCCCGGGGCCCCCGCAGCCCCCCAACCCUGGCACCCCCGCGGCCACCGUACAAGUUGGGGUGAUUCGCUGUCCCGUAUGCAGUCAGGAGUGCGCAGAAAGAGACAUCAUUGAGAACUUUUUCGUCCGUGACACCACCGAGGUUCCCAGCAGUACCGUUGAGAAGCCAAGUCAGCAAGUCUGUACGAGCUGCGAGGACAACGCAGAGGCGCGAGGCUUUUGUGUGGAGUGCGUGGAGUGGCUGUGCAAGAACUGCGUGCAGGCCCAUCAGAGAGUGAAGUUCACCAAGGACCACACUGUGCGACAGAAGGAAGAAGUCCCGCCUGAUGGUUUCUCCUCUGAAGCGGUUGGUGCAAAUAGCCAGCGUCCUGUCUUCUGCCCUUUCCACAAGAAGGAGCAACUGAAACUGUACUGUGAGACCUGCGACAAACUGACAUGCAGGGACUGUCAGCUUCAGGAGCACAAAGAACACAGGUAUCAGUUUAUAGAAGAAGCAUUUCAGAGCCAGAAAGUCAUAAUCGACACAUUGAUUGCAAAAUUGAUGGAGAAGAACAAGUACAUUAAAUUUACAGGAGACCAAAUCCAAAACCGAAUCCUCGAAGUUAAUCAGAACCAGAAGCAGGUGGAGCAGGAUAUUAAAGUUGCUGUUUUUACGCUAAUGGUAGAGAUCAACAAAAAAGGCAAAGCCUUACUGCAUCAACUGGAGGCUUUGGCUAAGGAUCGGCGCAUGAAGCUUCUGAAACAGCAACACGAAGUCGACGGUUUCUCCAAGCAGCUGGAGCACGUGGUUUAUUUCUCCAAAUGGGCAGUUAACAGCGGCAACAGCACAGCUUUACUUUACAGCAAGCGCUUAAUCACUUAUCGCUUAAGGCACUUGCUGCGGGCCAGGUGUGAUGUCACUCCAGUAACCAACACUGUUCAGUUUCACUGUGAUGCCAAUUCGUGGGCUCAGAAUAUAUUUAACCUAGGUUCUCUGGUCAUUGAAGAGGGUGACCCCUCUCAGCAAACGACUCCUAUGGAAGUUCAGAAUACUCAGGGAACCAAACCAGGCAACCAGCUGUCCAAAUUCCCCACCCAAAUCAGCUUGGCACAGCUCCGAAUCCAGCACAUGCACCAGCAGAUUAUGGCCCAGCGGCAGCAAGCACAGCGACGGCCAGGUCCAGUGGGGCUGCCUAAUCCCUCCGUACCUCCACAGCCAAUGGUCCUUAAUAAUCCCAGAGUCCCCAUGCAGCACCAACAGCCUCCUAACCAGAUGCAACGUUUUGUGAAUGUUCAGAAUAUGAACCCGAGGCCGAAUGGUAUGGUGAUGCCCAAUCAGCCCAUGCGCUACCCUCACAACGUUCCGAAUGCAGUGGAUCUUCAGAACAUGCAGCACAGUCAGAACAUGCAGCACAGUCAGAACAUGCAGCACAGUCAGAACAUGCAGCACAGUCAGAACAUGCAGCACAGUCAGAACAUGCAGCACAGUCAGAACAUGCAGCACAGUCAGAACAUGCCGAGGAGACCAGGGCCCGUUGGGCAUCCUCCAAUCAGAGUCACUUUUAUGCCCCAUCAUGGCAUGAAACAGUGGCAGGUUUCUGGAAGCCCAACGGCGGCCCAUUCUGCGACCAGUAGCAACACCGCCACUCCAUCUAGUCCUACGAUCACCAGUGUCGCAGGGAGCGAUGGCAAGGGAAUGUCUUCUCCAGUGAUCGACUUGGUUACCUCCGCUGCCAACUCGUUCAACCUCCCGCCUAUUCCUGACAUUGACAGCACCGCUAAUGUUUUACUGGACACUUUGAUUAGGAAGGAUGCAAAUCUGGAUAAUGCCAACCACUACAGGAUGUUGUCUCAUCGAACUGUUCAGUCACCUAAUUCCUCUGUACCCUCACCAUUAGGAUCCAUGGCUGGAGUUCACCCACCAAUACGCACAUCAAGCGCCUCUAGUAUCGGAAGCAGAGAAAGCUCUGGCUCCUCCAGCAAACCAACAGGCGGUGCUGACUCAACACAUAAAAUGCCUGUGGUUAGACUUGAGCCUAUCAGAAUCAAGUCAGACAACACUCCAGAGAACUUUGAGUACCCUGUGGUUGUGGUCAAGCAGGAGAACCGACAUCGAUCUCAACCUCGAAAUGCAGAGUAUCCUGGAAGCAUCCUCACAUCCAUGUUACUCGACAGCAAUGGUAAUCGCAGAUCCAAAUCCGACGCGGGCUCCCGACGAGAUGCUCCUGAUAGCACAGGAGACAGGCACCUCACACGAGACGGAAGCAAUGAAUGGAUGCCCCAGAGCCGAGCGUCUGAGGGUGGGAAGGAGGACGAUCCCAAUGAAGACUGGUGUGCCGUGUGUCAGAAUGGAGGGGAGCUGCUUUGUUGUGAGAAAUGUCCCAAAGUUUUCCACCUCUCGUGCCAUGUGCCUACACUGAUAAACUUUCCCAGUGGUGAGUGGAUUUGCACCUUUUGCCGAGACCUAUCCAGACCAGAAGUGGAGUAUGACUGUGAUGACCCAUCCCUGGCAGAGCAAAGGAAAUUAGGAGGAGCCCAGAGCAUGACACCGAUUGAUCAGAGAAAGUGUGAGCGGAUUCUUUUGUAUCUCUUCUGCCACGAGAUGAGCUUGGCCUUCCAGGAGCCUGUUCCUUUGACUGUGCCUGACUACUACAGAAUCAUUAAAAAGCCUAUGGAUUUGUCAGCCAUUAAAAGGAAACUCCAGUUUAACGGCGCUCCCCACUACACACGCCCAGAGGAGUUUGUCGGCGACGUCCGUCUGAUUUUUAAAAAUUGCUUAGAGUUUAAUGAGCCUGAUUCGGAAGUGGCUAGCGCCGGUAUCAAACUGGAGGCCUAUUUCGAGGAGUUGCUCCUGAACAUUUACCGGGAUCAGAAAUUUGCUAAAACGAACUACAGAGAGGAGACGGCAGCCAGCGGGGACUCGGACGAUGAAUUUGUGGCGCCUCGGAAGAAACGCUUCAAAGGCGAGGAGCGCCUCUUUUUCAAAUAAGUCUACUGCCGCCGCAGCGUUUGGCGCCCAUGGUCUAAUGUACAUAAUUUAAAAAAAAAAAGACUAAAGUCUAGUUGUUGGCAAUGUAUUUUUUUUUUUUAAUUUUUUUUUUUUUUUUUUGGAACGGCCGUGAGUCUGUUGUUUAGUAGCACUCGUUAGGGAUACAGAGUAAAUAUGGUGAAUAAAAAAAACCCGGUAGCACACUGCAUUCUUAAGAGCUCCUGAUGCUGUUGGAAAUCUUCACAAACCUCAUAUGAACUGGCACAGCCUUGACUUGAAGGUGAAAUUCCAGAACAGGCAUCCAGAAUAUAACUUUACCUUUACUGCUCAUCGACAUGCUUCCCACAGAAACCUUAUUUCUAGCAACACCCUCUCUAUUCCAAUUCUUCCUACGUUUUUUCCACUGAUGUCUUAGUACUGGAAUGGCAGAGCUUGAUUGGCUGAAAAGAAAGACGCGAGGGUGCGUGUCGGACAUUGUAUGUCCGUGUUCUGUUCAGGAACGUUUGAUGCCGUAUGAAAUUGAGGCAAUGACGCCGUCAGAUUUAAGUAUUGUAACAGAACCUUCCAUUAAUUUUCAUUCCCACCGCUGAAAGUUAUCAAACGUCGCUCAAAUUACGGGGAUUAAACUCUCCGGUCGGAUGAAAUUUCUUCCAAAACCAUAAGAACACACCAAGAAAGAGCUUCAGAAGUGAUGAAGUUUUUGGUUUCUUGUUUUUGUUUUUGUUUUUUAAAACCAGUAGCCGAGGGAUCUAUUUUGCACAAGAUUGAGAGGAAAAAGAAAAAAUUAGCCGUUUUAAUUUAUCAGAACUGACCUUUUUGGCACCGUUUCUAUGUAAUACUAAAAAAAAAAAACAAAAAAAAAAACAUGUAUGUGGCGUCAACCAUUUGUACCAAGAACUGUAUUCAGGCAUUGAUGAAUUACAAAUAUACAGUUUAUUUUUGUUUUA